UGGCGCCUUCACAAAUUGCGAUUCGCCUCGUUCGCAUAAAUACCCUGUACGUAGAUUUCAGGAUAAAGCUCGGUUUGCCGUUAGUUGCUACAUUGCAUUGUUGGAGCUUCACGUCACCACAGAGACAAUUAUUGCAACGUUACAUUAACCUUGUAAGCUUGCACUCGCAUUGCUGGUGCUGAAAAUGCCACGGCCGAAGAAAAGCUCCUACAACAACGAGAAACCGCCAUUGUCGUACGUCGCUCUUUGUGCAAUGGCUAUCCGUAGCUCCUCCACAGGAAUGAUGUCUUUGAAUGAUAUCUAUCGUUUCAUAAUCAAUACUUUUCCAUACUACAAGAGUACGGUUUCCAAGUGGAGAAACUCUCUCAGACAUAAUCUUUCGUUUAACGAUUGCUUUGUCAAGAUUAUCCAAGGUGGCGAAAACGGUCAUAAGCGAAGCUUGUGGAGUCUGCAUCCAAACUGCGGUGAUAUGUUUGACGAUGGUAGCCUCCUUCGCAGGAAACGGAGAUUCGUUGCAAGAAAGAGACACAAGGAUGAGACACAACGACAUUUGGUAAAAUUUGGAACGCAAACGGCAAACGCGACCCUUUUACCCACCAUGCAGCAAAGUCAGGAAAAUCAAACCAACAAGUCACGUAUCUGCGAGAUUAUAACAAAUAAACUUUCUCACAACCGCUUCAUAUCAAAAACAAUAAUACAAGGCGCAAAGAAUGAUACUGCUACACACUACGGUGAAAUAGGCUCGAAUCCGACCAACUUCUCAAUUGACAAUAUACUUAAAGGUACGGUUUCCAAAGAGAAAAGGCAGUUGUACCAAGGUGAAAAGCAUGGAGUGCCCAGGCUUUUGAGAAUAUCUGGAAGCCGACAUCCUGAUGAGCUGUUUUGCGCUGUGUCUGAAUACAGAGAACAUUAUGAGCAUCAAAGAAGAAGAAAGCUUUACACGCAUCAAACUUGUUCCUGCAAAAGCUUUAUUGGGUUUGAGGCAAAAGAGCAUCUGUUCGAUGCAACCCUGUACAAAUAUUGCCAUCCAAAUGUAUCCGCAUUUGAGGAAGAGACCCCCUUGCCCGGCAUAGAGCCCCACAGAGCGUCUCUCACUCUCCAUUACAAAGCUUGUUGCUCGUAGCUAUAUUGUGGCUUGGUAUUACGUUUUUAACCACUGUGAAGAUAGUAUGGGGAAAAGAAAAAAAUAUGAGUUCACGACUGAUAACAGAAAACUUGGUUUUCAGUUCUUAUUUUAGAUGGUUUCCAGUUAAAUGAAUUCCAAAGAUAGCAUUUAAAAUCUUGUCUUUAUCUUGUUAGCUUAAUGUAAAGUGGUUUUAUGAUCCUAUUGAUGUUUAAAGGGAUUUGAUCUAAACUGUAACAUUGUCAUUAUGGAAUUUAAUUACGGGCUACCAAGAUCUGUGAUUUGUAACACUUUGAGCAAGAAGGGUAUGUGGUAUUAAGUAUAACUGUAAAUGGGGUGGUUUAGCCAAACUGUAUCACGAUAUAUUAUCCAUAGUCAAUUAAAUGUGUACAUAAAACAGCUCUAGUAGUACUAUCUUGUGUCCAGAGUGAAUCAUGAGUUUCAUUUUCUCUCCAAGUACUGACAGCUACCACUUUAAUCAGCAGCUAUACAAUACUUUUCUUACUUACGCUAGCCAUAGACCUGCUGACCUUGACAAUGCUGUUUUCGUGAAUCUAAUGAGAUUGGUUCUUCUUUGAAAAUUGCUAGUUGUAUCCUGAGGAGAUGGAAUUGGAAGAACCGUUAAUAUCUUUCAAAAGUUUUAGCAAUAAUAAGUCUCAGUAGCAAUGCAACUUCAAUAAAGACUGUCUUUCAAUGGGUGUUGGUGAUUUUGGGGCACUAAGAAAGCAGUUGCUUCACCAGUUUAAAAAAUUGCUGUGUCAUUCACGGUAAUACAAUUUCUCCCGGUUUUCCAGAUAAAGUAGAGACACCGCAGUUUUUUCUUUGAAUUUACCAUUUUCUCCCCAUUUAAACCCUAUACGAGUCUAUCAUAUUCUGCUACCUUAUAUUUCCAUUCCGUACCCUUUUCUGUCUUUGCCUUUAUUUCUGCUUAAGGCAACCUAGAACUGUCUCCGUCCAUUACAUUUAUGUCUAAAUCAAUAACAACAAUAGUAGUGUAUGAUGCUGAAAUGUAAAGUAUUUUACCAUGUGAUUAUUUGCCGAUUUUUGUGGAAUUGCUUUCUGACUGCUAGAAAUGGCAUCAUGUUCAAGGACCACGCACUUCAUAUCAUCAUGUUUUUGGCAGAUCACAUUUAUUUUAUUUUGGAUGUACCUUACUGCACCGACUAAAGACAUGCGUUCGUAACUUCACAUAGUUCUAAACACGAAACAUAUUUCUAAACAUUUUCUCCCUCAGUAAUAACUAUUUCAUCACUUCCCACGAACUGCAAGUUUUUGAAGCAUUUAUAUAAAUACUGGAAGUGGCAAGAUUCCAAGAGUGCUAAAAAAUAUUAAGAAGGGGAUUUUCAAACCCGCUCACUGGUUGAAUCAUUGCCCAUUCACUUGCCUAUAACUGAAGGACAUUUGAAUUGCUGAAAGACAAGGGAUGGCCAGAAAAUAACAAAGCUAUUUAAAGUUUGCAACAGAAAUGUUUAGAACAUGAAAAAAAAUUUCUAUGUAAUCGCUUGAAAUAAUACAACUUCAAAGGAAUCAUUGGGACAGAGAUAUAAGAACUGCAGGUUUUAAGUGACGACCAUGUUAUGGAGAACAUAUAGUAUUACUGAUGAUAGUUACAACUUGUUUUAUCUGAUCGCCAGAUCUCAUUUCGCAUCCAAAGCUAAAACUAACUAAUAGCAACGAAUAACGCCCAAAGAAAUGAGAAAUUUACAAUCAGAAAGUGAUAUCAGAUGACGUUUUUCUAUCAUCUCCGUUGCUGAAUGUCCUUGGUGCUUUCUGUUAUUGUUUUGCUUGAUCAACUUGGCUUUAAAAAUGAUUGACAGCAAGUAAACAACCUUGGAAUUCCGACGAUGUUUAGAACACACCAAAAAUUCUCGUGCUUCUUAACUCUAUGGUACCCCCACUGCCUUUUGUUCAAGUCUUAAGUCUGAAAUUUAAAUGCGCAUAGCUUCUUGUUCCAGGCCAUUCGCACUGUCUUCCUCCUUAAACAAAUUGUGGUCACUUAAUCAAGCCCAAUCUAAUAAUUUAUCAUGAUUAGUAUAGCCAUUUUAUUUCUGGGUAUACUAUCAGUGGAUCAGUGACAUGAACAGCAGUGAAAAGACCCAAUAUUCAUUAGAUCUAAUUAAAAACACCAAAUCUCGUUAUUAUUCAUACGACACUUCCGUAAACAUGUUUCUUAGAA